AUGUCGUCCGGCAGUGUCCCAAUCCCAGUCUACAAUCAAGCAUGUCUAGCAACAGAUAGCACCUCGACCUCCCUUUCCUUCUUCCUCGUCGGCUCCUCCGCCCCCGGAUCUCUCGAAGUCAAUUACGUCAACAACGCCGAUGCCGCAACCGUUAACCGCAUCGCUACUCAAAACGACCAAUCAGCCUGGACCCCCAACGCUGCUAAACUCUGUUACAUCUACCCCUUUACCACUUCGGCCAACCCUGGGAUAAAGAUUGUUCAGUUUGGGUCCGGGUCGACUUUUAUUGCACUUGCUCAGACGAAUAAUGUUAUCUCUGGGCCGAAUUUUUUUAACAUGACGGGGUUCACGAGUUCGAGAUACGGCAUGGUCAACCAACCAGUUGACACGGACGACGCUAUGCUCGUGGUCGGGACAUAUGGAUCGUACUCUGGCAACACAUCCCAAGGAUACACCAUCGUCUUUGACAAAAGCAGCAGAGGACAGAUCUUCUCUGCCACAGGCAACCUCCUGGCGAACCUGACUAACUUUGUCCCGGCUCUCGCGCUUGGUAUGCCCACGGUGGUCAACAUGGACGGGAUUACAUUGUCACCGAACGCUAUCCCUAUUACUAUGGGAAGCGUCGCUUAUAUCCUUGACAUGGAAGCAAAUGGUACCACGGCAAUCUACAAAAUUAACCCAAGCGCAUCAUCAACACUAGCACGUGUCUACAAAACAGGAGACUCACUCCCCUUCAGUAACAACAUGGCUGCCGCAGCCCUCAACAACCAACUCCUCACCUACUCUGUCAACAAAACUGGAGCCAACAUCAACACCUUUGACUUGACGACUAAAACAUGGUCCGGAAGCGGACUUAUCAAGGCUGCGACUGACCCCAACCCAAAGACAUCGGUACCACUUGGAGCAAUCAUUGGCGGUGCUGUUGGAGGUCUCUUGGUCAUUGUUCUGGCAAUCGUCUUGUGUAUUCGAUGCCGACGACGUCCACAUCCGAGUGUUGAGAAAGCCGCAGCUGGUGCGGGACUCACCACGUUGUGCCCUGAAAUGACCAAGGUGUAUGACGGCAACCAGGGACUCGGCUAUCAACAACAACAGCAAGUCCAGUACAUACCUUACGAUCAAGGUCAAGUACAAUACGUUCAAGUACAAACACCGUACGACCAAGGACAAGGACAAGGACAAGUGUACUACGACUCAGCAUACGGACGCCCCUCUCCCUUCAUCCCACCUCUACCUCCACCACAACAUCCUACCAGCAGCCAGUCUCCAGUUGCAGCUUACAUGACCUACCAACCCAUCAUGGAGGAAGCAGGCGGUUCAUCAGUAGCAAGCACGACAGUCCACAGCUCCUCGUAUGCUAGUCCCGCCUCGUACAGGAACAGUGCUGCCCUGCUACAGGGGAGCCCGGAAUCGACCUAUGUCAAUUUUCAGAGGAUGUCAGUUACUCAGCAUGGGCCGCAGUUUAUUCCUGAGGGGUAUUUUGCAGGCGCUGAGACCCGAUCCCCCCAAGACCGAUUCAUCUCUUAG